GUUUCCGGUUCCUAGGCUGGUGUGUCCCCCCAUCCGAGGCCAGCAGCCGUAUGGGGAAAGCAGCGGCAGACACAGAUGGCAUGGACACUUCCACAAGGUCUGCCGCUCUGCCCUGCCUGCUCUGCCGGAGCCCGUUCGCCGCCGUCUCUCUCUUCCAGCUCGCUCCGCCGCCCAGCAGCACUGCAGCACAGCACAGGCUGACGGCAUGAGGCUUGAUCCAGUGCAUUUCUCCAUGCUGGUCAUCGGGGUCUCCUUCGCCUGUUACGCCCCGAGUCUCAACUCCCUCCAGGACCAGGCGUACCGAUCAACCGUGGUCAUCGAGGGCGAGGUGCGCUCCUCCCCGGAGAACGUCUCCUCCCGGGAGCCCUACAGUGUGAAUGUCAAAGUGCUGGACGUGUGGCCCGUCAACAGCGGCGGCCUCGAGAGGGAGCAGCUCGUGACCGUCGGGGACUUCGGUUCCGAGGCCCCGUGCACCACGGUGGAGAAGGACCACAGAUAUAUCUUUUUCAUGGACCCGACCGCCGAGCCCUACGUAUUCAAGGCAUCGUACGCCCCUGUGGACGCCAGCGAGCCGGAGCUGAAGAAGGAUGUGGAGAGAGUGUUGUGCGAGGACUGCGCCUCUGCUCCUAAGCUGCGGGUGAUGCAAGACCAGUCUCUGAUGGAAGGGAAAAAGCUGUACUUGAAGUGCGAGGCGUCGGGGAAUCCCAGCCCUUCCUUCCGGUGGUACAAAGAUGGACAUGAGCUUCAGAAAGGCAGAGACCUCAAAAUAAAGACUAACAAAAAAAACUCUAAGGUGCAGAUCAGUCAUGUCCGUGUGGAAGACUCUGGAAACUACACCUGCGUGGCUGAAAACUCACUAGGACAAGAAAACGUCACGAGUAUAAUCAGCGUGAAGUUCUCGACCACCACCACCCCGUCUCCGGGUGUGAGUCACGCCAGGCGCUGCAACGAUUCGGAGAAGGCCUACUGCGUCAACGGAGGAGACUGUUACUUCAUACAUGGUAUUAACCAGCUGUCCUGCAAGUGUCCCAAUGACUAUACGGGGGACCGCUGUCAAAACUCCGUCAUGGACAGUUUCUACAAGCUUCUCAGAAUUGAAUUUAUGGAGGCUGAGGAGCUCUACCAGAGGCGUGUGCUGACGAUCACAGGCAUCUGCGUGGCGUUGUUGGUGGUUGGCAUCGUUUGUGUGGUGGCCUACUGCAAAACCCAAAAGCAGAGGAAGAAGAUGCCCAACCGCAUGCUGGCAAACGGGCCCAACCACCUUGGGCCCGGACCCGAGGAGAUUCCCAUGGUUGACUACAUCUCCAAGAGUGUCCCUACGACAGAGUGUGUGAUCAGCCAUGGAGCUGAGGGUGCAGGCAACUACGCAGAAAGCAGAAUGUCUACCCGCUCCCACCACUCUACCACUGCCUCACAUGCUUCCAGACACGAGGAGCAGACGUGGAGCAUGGAGCGAACAGAGAGUAUGAACUCAGACUGUCAGUCGGGUGGGCUGUCCAGCUCUGUGGGAACCAGUAAGUGCAGCAGUCCAGCAUGUAUGGCAAGGAGGGCUCACUGGGGCUGUACGGACAUGUCCGGACCAGGAAUGCAGUACGGGGAUUCCUAUGACUCGUUAAGAGACUCACCUCACAGUGACAGAUAUGUGUCUGCGCUGACCACGCCAGCGCGCCUGUCUCCGGUGGAGUUCCACUACCCCCCGCUGCCGCCCCAGGUACCCACCUUCCAGAUCACUUCGCCCAACACAAGCCACGCCCUCUCCCUGCCCCCCGCCGCUGCCGCCUAUCACAGAGAAGACGACCAGCCGUUGUUACGAUGCCCUGAUGAUGGAAGUUUAUACAGGCAGCCUCGGCGUCCACGGCGGCCGUACCUGACAGAGAGCACAGGAAGUCUACCAUCCAGCCCCUACCGUCUCCCUGACGACGAGGCCUACGAAACCACCCAGGAGUACGCCUCUUCACGGGAACCCAUCCGCAGUCGGCGUCGCCCACGCCGCAACCGCCUCAACGGACACAUCUCUCAGCGGUCAGCGGGGCUUCGGGACUACAGCUCGCAGAGCUUCAGCCAGUCAGAGGAGGAAGAGGAAGAGGAGGAGGAAGAGGACACUCAUGGGGAGAGUACACCUUUCCUUAGUAUGCAGAACAUGAACGUGGACCUGCCCUUAACCGUCCCGGGUUUCCGUUCGUCAUCGGGUGCGGACACACGGACUCACCGCGGGCUGAGUCGGCCGGGGACGCGCAGCAACGGGCAGAGUCGCAGCUCCCAGUCGCAACGCUCCAAGGCUGACAACAUGCCCCUUUAA